AUGAGGAAUCUUGACGACGCCUGCUUUAUUCCUGGCAGGUUGAUGUUAUUAUCGUCAUCUACCGACAUCAAAACAUUUCUCCUUCGUGCUGCAGCUCUGACAGACACGCAACUGCUCACACGCUGCACUUGUCUUAAACUAUCCAGUCACACAAAAGAUCUUACCGUUCACACCACACACGACACCACACACGACGACACGACACCACACCCAACGACAUCACACCACACCCGACACGUCGCCACACGACACCACACCACACCACACGACGACACACCACACGACACCACACCACACGUCACGACACCACACCACACGACGCCACACCACACUCGACGACACCACACCAUACGUCACGACGCUACACUACACCACACCCGACGACACGACGCCACACCACAUCCGACGACACGACACGACACCACACACGACACCAUACGACACGUCACGACGCCACACGACACGACACUACACCACACCACAUCAGACGACACCACACGACACAACACCACACCCACCAGACAACACCACACCACACGUCACGACGCCACACGACACCACACCACACGACUCCACACGACACCACAUCACAUCACACGACAUCACACCAAACCCAUGCAAGCGCAAGCACCGCGUCAUACAAUUUAA